AUGUCCUCGGUGUGUUCUCUCUGGGGUCGAAUGUUUAUCGGUUGUGUUUUCUCUCCGGGUCGAAUGUUAUUGGUGUGUUUUCUCUCCGGGUCGAAUGUCAUCGGUGUAUUUUCUCUGCGGGUCGAAUGUCCUCGGUGUUUUCUCUCCAGGUCGAAUGUCCUCGGUGUGUUUUCUCUCCAGGUCGAAUGUUAUUGGUGUGUUUUUUGUCUCCGGGUCGAAUGUCCUCUGUGUGUUUUCUCUCCGGGUCCUCUCGAAUGUCCUCUGUGUGUUUUCUCUCCGGGUCGAAUGUCCUCGGUGUGUUUUCUC